AUGCUGCAGGCCGCCUGCACCUCGAGGCUGUACGCCUCAAGCCUGAACAGAUGCUUCACACUGCCCCCUCGCAGAUGGGCUUCUUUUCAAGGGGCCCCAAACCCUCCUCCGUGGCGGCCCGCCUCCGCCUUGGACGACUGGGUUGACCGCCCCAUUCGUCCCAUCAGUCUACGACAGCUGUUUUUCUUCGGUCGUACUUUGACGGAGAGUCGAUUGCUCAGUUCGGCCAACUAUGUUCGCAUGGAGCUGCCCACGAGACUGGCCCACCGACUGCGUGAGAUGCAACGACUUCCUUAUGUCGUUGUCACCAACCCACACCUCUCUCUUGUCUACGAAUUGUACUACAAGUCCUUCGAGAAUUUUCGUCGAGUUCCGGUGAUCAGGACUGUGGAAGAGAACGACCAUUUUUGCAAGAUUAUUGGAGAGAAUCUGAGAGAGCAUUUGGCCGUAAUCCCGAACCUGGUCAUGGGAGUGCUCGAGUGCCAGGAUCUCGUGUCGGCGGACACCAUGGACAAUUUCGUGCAGGCCAUGCUCCGAGCUCGAAUCUCCCGCCGUGUCAUUGCUGAACAACAUCUUGCACUGACAGAAACAUUCAACUCACCGUGGCACGUGCCUCAACCUAGUUCGGAGAACGAGUUCGUCGGCGAAGUUUUGCUUCGAUGCAACGCGAAGGAGAUCAUUGAACGCUGUGGACGAUUCACUCAAGAGAUCUGCAAGUCAUCUGCUGGCGCUGGCCCUAUUGUACCCGACAUCCGAAUCCAAGGCCACGUCAAUGCUACAUUCCCAUACGUAUUGAGUCAUCUCGAAUAUAUUAUUGGGGAACUGUUACGAAAUUCCGUGCAAGCCGUCAUGGACAAAUACCGAGACUCCCGAAAACCACCUCCGCCAAUCGAUGUUCUCAUUUGCGAGGCACCUCAACACGUCGUUGUCCGCAUCUCCGACCAAGGCGGAGGUAUCCCGCGCGACAUCAUGCCUUUUCUGUGGUCUUUUAACAAAGGACCAAGAAGUGCCUCGCGACUCCAGAAUUUCAAGGAUGUCCCAACCCUUGCAGCCACAAUGCAAGAAGUUCGACAGGCUAGAGAUGAAGUUCAGGGGGGACGGGUGAGAGAUUCUUCCCUGAGCACGCUUGCAUCGAGGCCCCCCGGGCUUAAAUUGGGAAUGGGUCUGCCGAUGAGUCGAGUUUACGCGGAGUAUUGGGCCGGCGGGCUGGAAUUGCAUAGCCUGGAAGGUUACGGGGUCGACGCCUUUUGGCAGAUUUCGAAGCUGGGCAACCAAAACGAACAGCUUACCUCACGAGCAAGCAUCGACGCCGUAUAG